GGACUGUGUCAGGGUGGGGCUGAGGACUCCUAGCGCUUGUGUCACUGUGUCCUUCUCUGGAGGCAGAGUCGGGGGUGUGGAGGGAGGGCCCGGGCCCGGGGCUGGAGCGGCGGGCGGGGCCAAGCUGAGGAAAGCCGUUCAGGGCGCCCCCACCCCCGCGCGCUUCAGUGGUGCCGGCCGAGGGAAGGACUCGGCGGCUGCGGGGCUCGCGCCGCUGUCAGUGCGGCGGGGCGCGCGAGCAGCGCGGGCUCAGGGCGGGCACAGCCGAGAGAAGCUGAGGGGGCGGCGGCGGGGGCGACUCCCGCGCGUGUGCUCAGCUCCUCACGCCGCGGCCGGGGCCGCCUUCUUCCUCCUUCUCUCCCUCCCUUCCGCCCCCGAGUGCGGCGGCACCGCCUCCUUCUGCGCCGCGCGGCUUCCUCCAGACCUCUCGGCGCGGGUGAGCCUUGUUCCCAGAGGCAGCUGGUACUGACCCUGUGACCCAAAAGAGAAAAUUGUGGGCUGAGCUCAGCCUUGGUACUGAUUCUCCCUGAAGCUCAAUCUUUCCACAAAGGAAGGGAUUCCAAGGCACAGAAACAAAGCCAGGCAGCAUAGGCAGCAUGAUUUGCAGCAGGUGGCCAUCAUGUCCUUGAAGAUCCAGACAAGCAAUGUAACCAACAAGAAUGACCCCAAGUCUAUCAAUUCUCGGGUCUUCAUUGGAAACCUCAACACAGCUGUGGUGAAGAAGUCGGAUGUGGAGACCAUCUUCUCCAAGUAUGGCCGCGUGGCCGGCUGUUCUGUGCACAAAGGCUAUGCCUUUGUCCAGUACGCCAAUGAGCGCCACGCCCGGGCAGCUGUGCUGGGAGAGAAUGGGCGGGUGCUGGCCGGGCAGACCCUGGAUAUCAACAUGGCUGGAGAGCCCAAGCCCAACAGACCUAAGGGGCUAAAGAGAGCAGCAUCUGCCAUAUACAGUGGCUACAGCUUUGACUAUGAUUACUACCGGGACGACUUCUACGACAGGCCAUGCUGCAGCCUCUGGCCCAUUUGCCCCUACAGGCUCUUCGACUAUCGGGGCCGCCUGUCACCUGUGCCAGUGCCCAGGGCAGUCCCUGUGAAGCGACCCCGGGUCACGGUGCCCUUGGUCCGGCGCGUCAAAACCACCAUACCUGUCAAGCUCUUUGCCCGCUCCACGGCCAUUCCCGCCGGCUCAGCCAAGAUCAAGUUAAAGAGCAGUGAGCUGCAGGCCAUCAAGACAGAGCUGACACAGAUCAAGUCCAACAUCGACGCUCUGCUGGGCCGCUUGGAGCAGAUUGCCGAGGAGCAGAAGGCCAACCCAGGAGCACAGCCAGGACACAGACGUGGAGGAUGGGGCCUUGCAGUAAGCAGCCUGACAGGAACGAUGGCCACCGGCAGGAGAAGGGCGUGCACUGUACCAGGCCUAAAGCUGGGCACCCGCCCCUGGAGACUACCCCCAGCGGGUCCCAGGAGAGCCGGCCGCAGGCAUCUCCUCCCGCACACAUCCCAGCCAGUGCUGCAUCCUCUGCAGGUGGAGUUAUUGGCCACCCUUCCCCUCACGCCCUCCCUGUUGGCACCGCCCAGGCCAGAGGGCAGCGCACAGAGGUUUCCCCACACUCUACCUCCCCUCCCAGGACACUCCCAGGCUUGGGGUUUUUCUAUAGGUUUGGAGAGGGGAGGGUCCCAGGGAGGGUACCCUGACAAUAAAGAGAUUGGAUCCCAACUUGCUCUGAGAUGGGAUGGUUUGUGUUUUCUCAGGGUCCCCGGGCCAUCCUGCUGAGCCAGAGUCUGGUCUGGUCUGUUUCACUCCAUUCUUUUUCCUCCCUUGCACUUUCCAGCCAGGGAGCAUUGUCCAGGGUGCAUAACACUGGUCUGUCUCGGCUUCCACAGCUAAAAUGGGGAUAAAAAUGGCCAAUAGGGUUGUUGGGGAGGGUCACACAUCCAGGUCCCCAAGAGACUACUUUGGUGGCUACAGUGGCAAGCAGUUGUGACCCACUUUGGUUAGACAGUGGUAGGUCCAGGUCUUAGCUUCUCACUCAGUCUCGUUUUUCCCAGCUCUGAGAUGAUUCUAGAAUCCACCUCUUCUUCUCCUUCCCUCUCCUAGUUUGGGACACUGUUUUUUUCACUCGGGCUUUAUCCUCUCACCAGCCUCACAGUGUCUAGCGUCUCCCUGCCCCAUUUCCCACUAGACACCACAGUGCUUUAUCUGAGUCAUUUCACUUCCCUGUAAAACCCUUACCUGACUGCUCACCAUCAGGACAAAACCCCAACUCCUGUACACGAUCCUAUAUGCCCUGGCCUCUCUCCCUUGUUACCACCUCUCUUUCCUGGCCCACUCAAAACAGGUCCUUCACUCUCCUAGGCGGCAAGGAAUGGAGCUCCAGUCCAUUUGACCUCAGGCAGUAGGAGGUUGGCAUUAGAAUAUCUGUGCCUCCCUCUACCUGUCUUGGGCCACCUAUCUAGGUGUUUGCUCUGUUCUCUGACAACUGGCGACGUUCCUUCAAAUUUCCACUUCUGUCUUAACUUCACCCCACAAGUUGAGCGAUUUACCUGUGUUCAAAUUCCCAGGAGAAAUCACCUGCCACAGCGGAUCUUUUUGAGUCACUCAUAGGUUAAAAGUACCUUCCCCGGUCCUGUGAACUGGGUGAUAAAUGUGUGGCCACCUGGGCUGGUCUCUCUGGUGUGGGGCUUUGUUCCAAAAUGUAGCACGUACUCUUCUUGCUCCUACUUUCUCCACCUGAGAAAUACCCACUCACCCUUAAGCUGCUGUUCUAGUGUUGGCAGCUCUGAGAAGUAUCAGCUUACUGUUUUUCAGAAAUUGUUCAUUCUCUCCUAGGCAGCCUUCCCCAAGACAGGAAAUUCGGUCCCAUCAUCACAAAGGGGUUUGGGCUCUCCCUCCAUCUUUACGUGUUCCUCAGGGUCCCAGGCCUACUAGAAUCCUUACUGAAAAUCCCAGUUCACACUAGCAGUUCUCCAACAUAGCCUCCAUCAAACCUCCACUGGGCUUUGGCUCCAGGUUUUGGUGGAGGAUAGAGGCUGGGCUUGAGACAGUGCUGAGGCUAGGUUACCCUGAGUAUGGAAUCACCCAGGGAAGUCUUUGUUGUUUCAUGGCUCCCUCCCUGGGCAGCCCUCCUGACUGCCAGCUAGCAGUCUGAAGCCCGAGUGCAGCUCUACAUUCCCAAGCUGUGCAGGGGCCUGACUAGCCAGCCCAUUAGGGAGCCAGAGUUCUGGACCCACAGCUGGGCCAAAUGCCCCCAUCCCUGCUGGCCAUUGCCUCUUGGUGUGAUGUGGAGCAGUGUUUCUGCCCUUUUGGAGGUUUAGCUGCCCAGGGGGAUCUCAGUCCCCAUAUGUGUGCCUGCCAGGGACCCUGGGCAGCAGAGGGAGAGAGGGUAGAGACUGAGGCCAUCAGUCUCUGAGAGAUUCAGACCCUGGGUGGAAAAUAGUCGCUGGGAACUUACUCAAAACAAAAGGCUCAGUCUGGAGAGCUAAAGGUGUCCAGCGGAAGGGGCUAGGUCCACUGGGAGUGUCCCAUCUCUCCUGAAGAGCCCUCAGUGGAACAUACCCCUCUAGUCCCUGAACUCACAGUCUGUCCUUGCUGCUCAGAAGGCCAGAGCCCAGUUCUAGCCAACCCACUUGUGUACGUGUACAGGUCUUCAUGUCCCUACCUGGUACACCACCCUGGACUGGAACUUGGGCAGAGUGCGAAGAAGGGGUUUUGGACCUUGGUGGACUUCACACUGAGGGCUGGCACCGGGUUCCUGCGUCCCAAGAGCCUAGUGCUCUGUGCCCAUUGCACCGUAAUAACAUUUUCAGACUCUACAAGGCCCUUACUCAGUAGUGCUUGACCGAGGCACUCACUUUUCAGUGCUUGGGGGACAGGUAGAACAGGAGGGGCUGUGGGCCUCUGUAGUAUGUUAGGCAGAAGAGCAUGGAAGACCCCUUCCAGGGUAGGAAGCAUCUGCCCUAUGCAGAGGCCCUGUGUAAUCACCCUGCCAUCAGGAUAUAUCCUAGACAGAUUGAGAAUCCCCAUCCUGGCACCCCAGAAAAGCUCCUGAACUACUUAGCCCAUGGGAAAGCUUGAGUGGGAAAUUCACAUCCACAAAAACCCUGCACAGACCUGCCCAUCCUCCCCAUGUCUGGGGCAGGAAAGACCUCCCCCAUUCCAUUGCUCAUCAGUUUUUGUUAAUCUGUUCAACUUCUGAAAACCAAAAGGAGAUGAAGAAAUGUGAUCCCACAUUCUGCCCAAAAGGACUAAUAUUCCCUAGGUGUUUUGAAGAUCUGAAGCCUCAUUUGUGAUCCUGGCAGCUGUCUUGAAGGAAUAUUACAGCCAGUGGGUUUACUGGAUUGUGAGCCAAGGCUUUCCUCCCUGUACUGCUGCCCAGAAGGUUUGUGACCCUGGGCAAGUCUUGUUCCUUCCUAGGUCUCUUGUUUCCUCAUCUAUAUGAGAGGUUGGCCUAGAUCAGGGAUAGUAAAUGGGCCUUAUAUCAGUUAUUAACUUGUAUAACAAACCCACUCCAAAAUUUAGUACCUUUAAUAAACAUAAGCUUCUGAUUGAGUGGCUUGGCAAUUUGGGCUAUGCUCAGCUGGGCAGUUCUACUUCUCUCAUCUGGGCUUUGAUGUGGCUGAAGUGAGCUGGCAGAUCAGCUGGGUGCCCGUGGGUCCCAGAAAACCUCACCCACUUGUCAAGUGGUUGGCGGGGCAACUGGGCUAUAUGUUCCCAGCAUCUAGCAGGCAAGACCAAGUAAGCCCCGGGAUGCAAGUGCUCUUCAAGUUCCUGCUUGUGUCAUGUUUGUCAGCUUCUAUUGGCCAAAGCAAGUCACAUGGCCAAGUCCGAACUCUUAAUUUGAGGAGCUUCCGAACAGGGCCACGGUUUGUUUUUAAUCCCUCUCAGACCUUAUUUCAUUUGCCAUUCAGAAUGUUUAGUAGCAGCUGCUGGAGUGCUUUUUGAGGAUUUGGAGUUUUUAAUAGUUUUUAGACUCUUAAAGAAAGAGUAACAUGGUAAUUUGAUCAUUUUUUUUAUGGGUGAGGAGUUGAAAAUGUGGGUAUAUGAGUGUCCAAUAUUAACCAACACUGGCCAGGUCAUCUCUUGUCCCAUCAGGACGUUAUCUACUUUACAGUAGAUACUUUACAGUUCUCACCAUCUGGUGAGAACACAGAAAUAUAGAAGGUAGAGCGAGCAAAAGAUUCUGAUCAGGCAUCCUGGGCUUGAAUUCCAGUUGGGCCACUGAUUAAACUUUGGGCAAAUACAAAUCCUUACAGCUGUGGCCACAUAACAGUAAACCACUUCCUGAAUAUCUGCUGUGUAAAAGGCACAUUGUAUAUUUAGUUUAUCUCUGCAACCACCUUUUUAGGUGUAUGUAAUACAAACUUUUGGUUACAAGUUGUAGAAACUGAACUCGUAUGUGCUUAAGCAGGAGGAAGUGUAUGGUUUCGCAUAUUUAAAGGUCCAGGGAUAAUCCUUCAGACCCAGUGGGACCCAGGGGUUCAGGAGUCAUCAGGCAUCUUCUUCCCUAUUCCUCAGCUUUGCUUCCUCCGUGGGCCUUGUUCUCAGACAGGUCCUCAGUGGUGGCAGAGCAUGGCCACAGGGCCUGAGUGUGGAGGGGGAGGGGAGAAUCUCCAGAAGGAAGACAGGAGUUCUGUUGCUAGAAGGGAGGUUUGGGCUGACAAAAACAACAGGUCUUCAUCAUAUAGUUGUGCCCAUUUUGUAGAUUUUAUAGAUGUGAAGGUUCUAAAACUUGGCCCUGUGGACAGCUGGUGUCUAUACCCUCUCCCCUUUAUCUGGACUCUGGCUGUUCGAUCAGCAGAAUACGGUAAUGGUGAUGCUGUGCCAGUCUCACAGUUCUCAAGAACCAGCAAUUUCCACUUCUGUGUCUUAAGACCCAGCUACCAUGCUAUGAAGAAGCCCAGAGCACAUGGCAAGGCCUGACAGCCCCAUGUGCCAGCUGACAGCCGGCAGCCGCUGUCAGACAGGAGUGAGGAAGCCUUCAAGAUGAGUCCCGCCCAGCCACUGACCUGAGAACCCAAGUAAGAACGGCCUAGCUGACCCCAGUCAGUAAUCAGUGAUUGUCAUCCUUUUAAGGUACCAAGUUUUGGACUGAUUUGUUCUCUAUCAGUAGAUAACCAGAACACAAACUGAGGCUCAAAGAGGUGAAGGAGUUUGCUCUACUUUAGGGGGACUGGGUUAAGAGUAUAGACUUUGUGUUGAACUGAGUUCCAAUCCAGAUUAUUUGUUGUGUGACCUUAGGCAAGUCAGUUAACCUCUCUGAGCCUUCAUCUUCCUCAUCUUAAAAGCAGAAGAGAGCACAUUGUUGUUAUGACAAUACUUAAUAAAUUUUGAGUUCAUUUAUUAUUACCUAAUCCAGAUUCAGGUGAUUUUCUCUUAAAAAAUAAGACUAUAAUUUCUUUCCUCUUUUUUCCCCCUACUCACUUUAUAUUCACUUUGUUCCAAAAUGUAUUUCAGGCAGCUUACAAAGAGAGAGUCAAUAGAGCAUUAUAAAAUAGAAUAUAAAAAGAAGGCAAAGGAAAAUAUUAGCAAGUUUUUCCCCUAUAUCUGAGUUACUGCAGUCAAGAGUAGUGUGUCCAUCUGGUCACUAAGCCUGUGGAGCAAGCCCAGCUGGCCCUCCUGUGUAUACGAAUGAAUGGACUCCUGCCUCCUCUGACUGGUGAGUGGGCCCCUGGUGCACACGCUCCCCUCCCUGCACCCCUGCCUCAGUCUACCUCCUGAGGGAGCCCAGAUGAUGAGGGUGUCCUACAAAGGUGCAGCAGCCAAGUCUUGUUUGGGCAAGUGCAUGGGUUUGGCUUUUCCAGGUGCACAAAACAGAAACUUGACAGGGUUACCCACUAACACUUUUUUUUAAGAUUUUAUUUGACACCAAGAGACAGAGGGAGAGGGAGAAGCAGGCUUCCCGCUGAGCAGGGAGCCCGAUGUGGGGCUCGAUCCUGGGACACUGGGAUCAUAACCCGAGCCGAAGGCAGACGCCCAACGACUGAGCCACCCAGGCGCCCCCCAUUCCCACUUUCUGACCUGGACCCCAUUUCUUGCCCAUUCUCCAGUCCCCUCUUACCUCUAAAACCUUAUCUCUAAAAACGAGUGUUUCCUCUACCCCCUGCACAGUGUCCAGUUCCCUGACCACACUGGGAGCUAAGACCAGAGACUGUCUCAUUCAUUCUUGCCCAUAAGGGUUUUAAAAAGGGAUGUGUGACUUGGUCAGUUAAAUAACUGUGGAGAUGCACAGUUCAAUCCAGCAUCUACCUUGGUGGGUUGGGGUUUUUUCUUUUUCUUUUUUUUUUUAAGUUAUCUCCACACCCAACAUGGGGCUCGAACUCAUGACCCCGAGAUCAGGAGGCACAUGCUCUUCCAACUGAACCAGGCAGGUACUCCUACCUUUGUGUUCUUAAUUAUACGCUCCCCACCUGCAGCAUUUGACUCUGUAGAAAAAGGGAUAUAACACACAUAUGUUAGCAUUUCCUGCGUGCUCUGCUAAGGUCUUUAACAGGGAUUGCAUUAUUUUACUUAACUCUCACAAUAAUCCCCCAGAGUUGGAGAUACUCAUCCCAAGUUACAGGUUGGAAAAUUGAGACCUUUGGUUGAACAGUUUGCCCAAGAUCAUGUCUUGGCAGUGAAUCUUGUCUUUGAAGAGGUAGAGGCAGGAUGCAAACCUGGGCAGUGCUUUCCCACAUGCCCGUCACAAACUGACCCUGAAAUUCCUCUCCUGCUUCUUGGGACAACAGUCUUUCCUGGCUCUUUCUCCUGUGUACACGGUUUCUUUUGCUGAUUCUUCCUUGUAUGCCUCAGUACCUCUCCACCCUUUUUAAUAUUUCCAUACAGUUUCCUGGCUAACCGAAUCUGUGGCUUCAGACUCCACAGUAAUGCCUCCUCAUCUCCACCUCUAACUCAGUACUCCCCAGGAGCACCAGGGGAUACAUAUAAUUGCCCACCUGAUAGCUGCACUUGGAUGUCCACAAGGACCUCAGUCAAGCCCUGCCCUGUUGGGCCACACCAGUCUUUUUCUUCAUGAGUCCUCAUCUUGGGGAAUGGCACCACUAUCCACCUACUGCCCAUGUCAGCAUCUUCUGCUAAUCAUCAGGUCAUGGUCAUUUUCCAUCCCACUGCCUUAGGUUAGGCCCUUCUUUAUAUCUUACUUGGACUUUUACAGUAACCUCCAGCCUAGUCUCCCUGAUGCUUCCUUGCCACGUAAGUCUUUACUGCCAUCAGUUAUUCACUGCCCAGUCGGUAGAUUCUAGACCCCUUCCUUUCUCUUUGCAGCUCAACAUCUCCCAUCUCCCAGUCUGACCCCUAUUGUCAAGGCACAGGGAACUAAUUGUGGAAAAGAAUGAUCUGGCUUUUGUGCCUUUACAGCUGCAGUGCUCGUUCAGACGCCUUCCUGACCUGAGUUUGCACUGGCCCUUCCAGUCCUGCCAGUUCUAUCACCACCCCUCUUACCAGAUUAUAUUUACAACUGGUUUGCCCAUCUGUCAUCUUCACUAAACUUUAAGCUCCAGGAGGGUAGGGGACUGCCUGCCUUUUGCUGCAGGCAUUCAGGUAAUACUUUAGAAAAUAUGACACCAUCCGUGAGAGGCAGAGCACAGGCUUUCGAGCUGAAAUGCCUGGACCUGCAGCCUAGCUCCCCGCUUACCAGCUGUGUAGCUCUGGGGCAAGUUGCUUAUCCUUUCUGAGUCUAUUUCCUCAUCUCUAAGAUGGGGAGAAUAGUGUACCUUCCUCAAAGGGUUGCCGUGCUGAUUGAAUUAAUGAAAAAGAAAAACACUAGAACAGGGCCUGGCACAAAGUUAGGACUUCGGCAGUACUAACCACUUACCUAAAGGAUUAUUUAAGAAUAUUUAGGAAUAGCUCAGAAUUAUUUAAGAAUAUUUGUUAUUUAAGAAUAUAAUAAAACAAAUUAAAAAAAAAAAGAAUAGGAGUGCGUGGCUGGUAGAGCC